AUGAACUUUGAUCUUUGUAUAGAUGAAUAUACUCAUGAUAUACCUGGUGUCAUGUAUGUAACUAAUAACAUACCUGGUCCAGGUAUAAAUGUGGAUGAUUUUGAAUCUGUAUUUACAUCAGGUUGUUCAUGUACACUUGAAUGCUCAAAGUGUACUUGCACUCGUGGUUCUGCUAAUUAUAUAAAUGAUUGUAUUGUCGAAGAAAAAUUAUCAGUACCAAUUUUAGAAUGUAAUCCUUAUUGUACAUGCAGUCAGAAUUGUGGUAACAGAUUGGUACAGCGUGGUCCAUUAAAUAGUCUUCAAGUAAUAAAAGUUGCUAAAAAGGGUUUAGGUCUCAUAACAACGACAUUGAUAAAGAAAGGGCAAUUUAUUUGUGAAUAUGCUGGUGAAAUAAUAAGCAUAGAUGAAGCACGACGCAGGGUUGAAGCUAAUAAAAAUGACAAUAGUAUGAAUUAUGUUCUUGUAGUUUCUGAACAUAUAGGAGAACAAAUAAUUGUAACUUGUGUAGAUCCAAAGUAUUUUGGCAAUAUUGGAAGAUAUAGUAAUCAUAGCUGCCAGCCAAAUGCUAAUCUUGUACCUGUCAGAGUUGAAAGUGUUACACCACGAUUAUGCUUAUUUGCAUCUAAAGAUAUAGAAAAUGGAGAAGAAAUUACUUUUAAUUAUGCCAGUGGAGUGAAUUCCGACCAUCAUUUAAGUGACACACCCUGCUUUUGUGGUUUCAGCAAUUGUUUAGGUUAUUUACCACAUAAUUCUAUUUAAAGUAUGCAAAAUAGUCUUUUAAUAGAACAUUACAAAUAUCAUUAAAAAGAAUUGCCACAGGUUCAAUUGUGCUUUGUAGAUCAGUCAUAAUUAAACAGACAUAUAAAAUAUGUGAAUUGUUUUCACGAAACUUUAACAUUUUUAUUAAAAGUUCCAUAUUUAAGAAAAUAUUAUGAAAUCACUUUUUUCUAUAUUAUCUGAAAGAUUCCUUAUUUAAGUGAAAACUUAUUAUCGAUUUAAAUAGAAUUACUCGCAGUUUUAUAGUAUAUAAAUUAAAAACAAAUAUUAUUUUGUUUUCUUAUUAAACGAAAGUACCGUUUCAACAAUGUUAAUCUAUAAAAACUCUAUUUUUUAUUUUAAUUAUGUAAUGAUAAAAUUGUUGAUAAUUCAUACAUAGUUUUUCUGUUAUAAUAAUGUUUCAGAAUAUCUAUUUCUAUAUAUUUUUCUGCUAAUGUAUAUUAUGUUAAUCUGUAAUAAUUAUUUUUAUUAUAAUUUAUUUAAAUAUAGUUAUAAUAUAUCAGAAAUAAA